CACUUCCUUAAAACAAAAGGCAUAUAUCUUGGUCUCUCCAACUUUACAGCUCCAUGCCUCCAUGGCUCGGGAAUCGCAGGCACCUCGUGUCACACAGAUACAGGUCCGAGUGGACUGUAACGGCUGCGUGCAGAAGAUAAAAAAAGCACUAAAUGGCAUUCAUGGUAUACAUGAUCUUCGUGUUGACUUACACCGACAAAAGCUCACAAUUAUUGGGUGGGCAGAUCCAGAACAAAUCGUCAAAGCAAUUAAGAAGACAAAGAAGAAUGCCACCAUAUGUUCUAGCAUUGAACUAACUUCUCCAUCUAGACCAAGAGAACCAGAACCAAAAGAAAAUGCACCAGCCCCUGAUGCAACACAACCACCACCAGCACAGGCUCCACCACCAUCAGAACCAUCACCUGAAGCAACACCAUCUCACAUACCUACACGGCACAGUGCAACCCGACAGUUGCAGAACACAGGAACAGAAGAACUAGAACAGUUUCAUGUGACACACCAUCAUCUGCCUAACUAUAUUAGCAGAUUCAGUUCCGGCCACCAUCAUGUUGAGCACUGGCACAAACACCAUAAUGGCCCUGUAUUUCUACAGGAGCCAUCCCAAUCCAUGUAUGUGACACACAGCUAUAAUACACACAUGCCUUCAUCAUUCGUCACUGAAUACGAAUAUGUCAGAUCACCAUCAAGAUACACACAUUACAAUAGUAUAGAACACUACGGUGGAGAUUACCAAAACAGUAAUGUAAACAUCACUUCCAUGUUCAGCGAUGACAAUCCAAAUGCAUGUUGCAUUGUCUAGUUAGGGUGUCGAGCUACUUAUGAAAAGUAAAUAGAAAAUCUCUUGUGCUUUCAAUUGUAUUGAUAAGUGAGUUGUCGAAGACGAUUCGUAAAACCAUAUAAUUUGAAAAUAGAAAAUAAGAAUACUUUAGUUUGCAUGAAAUCACUAUGAU